CUGCCACUCCCCUUACUAAUCCAUAAGUAUAUAAAGGACAGGUCUCUGCCUCUUCCUCUCACCAUCAGCAUGGCUCACCUAACCCAGCCAAAUCCAAACUUUGGACUCAAUUUCCAAACAUUCUUCAGUGGCUGGUUAAGCUGUCAGCAGAAGUUUAUUGAUCAGCUCAUCUCAGCAAUUGCACCAGAAAAUAUUCACAACAAUGAGCAACACCAGAACUUGAUUGAUCAAGUUCUAUCUCAUUACCAACAAUAUUAUGAAGAGAAGUCAUUAGCAGCAAGAGAAGAUGUAUUUCUCUUCAUUUCUCCUCCAUGGUUCAGUUCUUACGAAAUAACUUUUCUUUGGCUUGGCGGUUUUAGACCAUCCUUGCUUUUCAAGCUACUUAACAGCUCAGUCAAGGAUUUAACGGAAGAGCAAGAACAUGAAAUGGAGCAACUAAAAGGGGAGACAAGAAGGGAGGAGAGAGAGCUAUCAGAGACAAUGGCGAGGCUUCAAGAGAGAAUAGCAGCACCAUCACUGUUCAAUUUAGCCAGGAAUUUUGUAUAUUUAGUGGACGGUGAGGUGUCGGACGCAGAUGCCGCAUUGAGAGAACUGCAGGCGGGGAUGCUGUUGGUUUUAGAGGCGGCUGAUGGUCUUCGUGGGACGGCAAUGAGGAAGAUUAUGCAGAAUUUGUCUCCAAUUCAGAGAGUCAAGCUUUUGACAGCGGCUGGUCAGUUUCAUUUGAGGGUUAGAAGGCUAGGUGUGGAGCGAGAUCAACAAACAGUGCAAUAAUCCUAGUUCACAUGCUCCCUCUCAGACAUGCAAAAAUAUCAAAUAAAAUAUAAAUGA